AUGACGUCGACAAAGACAGAAGGCAUGUCAAUACACUUCGGGCCUUUCGAGGUCACAAAACAGGUGCGCGCCACAUCACUCGCUGUGAAAACCCCAGAACUAUACUCUUACAAAGGGAUCCCUGACCGUCCGAUGACAAGGUGUUCCUCACAACACCCCAUUCACCUGUCUCCAACCGAAACGGCAGAUCUCUUCGGCACCGUCCAGCUCACGCAGCGAAUGCUGGCGCAGAAAUAUCUGCCGGAACCUGGAAACCUGCUCUCGGGGAGCUUCACCGUCGCUGUGCAAGAUGGGCCCGACUCCGGCCAGACUGUCCCCCAUUUACACGUCCAUGUGAUUCCCCGUAGGAAGGGGGACGUGGGCGACAGCCCGGAUGCCAUUUACGUCAAGAUGUCUACUGAGGAUGGGAAUAUCGGUGGUGCCAUGUGGGAUCGAGAGCGUCGCCCCGCGCCCGCGGGCCGAAUGCCGAGAAUCGAGGACGCGGAUCGUAGCCCCAGGACCCAGGAGCAGAUGGAAGCCGAGGCGGACGAGUAUAAGACAAUUUUGAGAAAUCUGGGAAUAGCGUGA